UUAUUUUGUCUUCACUUUUGACCCCACAAAUGUAGAAUUAAGUUCAUGUUAAUAUGUUCGUUGACCAGCUGGCCCAACAACGAUGGCCUCAGCCUCAACCCCUCUUAUCAUAACACCACCGCCCUUAUCCACGGCGGCGCCACCAUCCACACAUUCAUCCAAAGUACACACCCUCGCUCACUUAAUCGAUAGAUCCAAAUCCAAAAACCACCUUCUCCAAAUCCACGCAAUACUCAUCCGCCGUGGCCUCGACGACCACCCCAUCUUAAACUUCAAACUCCAACGCCGCUACUCCACCGUAGGCCACCUCCACUACUCCGUUUCCCUCUUCAAUAUCACCCGUAACCCAAACGUGUACACAUGGACCUCCAUUAUCCACGCCCACACCCAAUCAAAUCUCAACGACAAAGCACUUUCUUACUACUUUCAAAUGCUUACCCACAAUGUUCAACCCAACGCAUUCACCUUCUCUUCCCUUCUCAACGGUAUCACGCUUCAACCCACCAAAGCCAUUCAUUGCCACGUCAUCAAAUUCGGUUUGUGUUCCGACUCUUACGUUGCAACGGGUCUCGUUGACGGUUACGCAAGAGGUGGAGAUGUUUUUUCAGCUGAGAAACUGUUCGAUAAAAUGCCUGAAAGAAGCUUAGUUUCUUUGACGACGAUGCUUACGUGUUACACGAAACACGGUAAGCUCCGUGAGGCUCGGUCGUUGUUUGAUGAAAUGGAAGUGGGUGGUAGCGAUCGAGAUGUGGUUUGUUGGAACGUGAUGAUUGAUGGGUAUGCUUCAAAUGGGUUUCCGAAUGAAAGCUUGUUGCUUUUUAGAAAAAUGCUUGUUGAAAAAGUUAGGCCUAAUGAGAUUACUUUGGUGGCUGUUCUUUCUUCUUGUGGUCAGCUUGGUACUUUGGACAGUGGUAGAUGGGUUCAUUCUUACAUUGAGAAUGAGAAAAAUGGUUUGGGGGUUGAAGUUCGUGUUGGUACUGCUUUGGUUGAUAUGUAUUGCAAAUGUGCGAGCUUGGAGGAUGCUAGAAAGGUUUUUGAAAAAAUUGAUGGUAAAGAUGUUGUGGCUUGGAACUCUAUGAUAAUGGGUUGUGCUGUUAAUGGGUUUAGUGAAGAAGCUUUUGAGUUGUUUCAUGAGAUGUAUGGUAUGAGAGUUAAACCAAGUUAUGUUACUUUUAUUGCACUUUUGACUGCUUGUGGACAUUCUGGUUUGGUUAAAAAAGGUUGGGAGAUUUUCAAUUUGAUGAAGAGUGAGUAUGAGAUGGAACCAAGUAUUGAGCAUUAUGGGUGUAUGGUUAAUCUUCUUGGUCGAGCGGGUUGUUUGCAAGAAGCUUAUGAUCUUGUGAGGAGUAUGAAGAUUGAUCCUGAUCCUGUGCUUUGGGGAACUCUACUUUGGGCUUGUAAACUACAUAACAAUAUUUCUUUGGGAGAGGAGAUAGCAGAGUUUCUUAUGAGCAAUGAUUUAGCUAGUUCUGGGACUUAUGUUCUUCUAUCGAACAUAUAUGCUGUUGCUGGCAACUGGGUUGGUGCAGCUAGGGUGAGAUCGUUGAUGAAAGACAACGGAAUUGAAAAGGAACCUGGUUGUAGUAUAGUUGAAGUUAACAACAGGGUACAUGAGUUUGUUGCUGGUGAUUUAAGACAUCCUAAGAGCAAAGAUAUAUAUUUUAUGUUGGAGGAGAUGAAUGGUUGGCUUAAGGGAAAUGGUUAUAGUCCAAAGACAGAUGUUGUUUUACUUGACAUAGGGGAGGAACAGAAGGAGUUAUCCUUGGAAGUUCACAGUGAGAAACUUGCAUUGGCAUUUGGGCUUAUUAGUACACGUCCAGGAACUACAAUCAAGAUUGUAAAAAACCUUCGUGUUUGUUUGGAUUGUCACACUGUGAUGAAGAUGAUAUCUACGAUCACUGGUCGUAAAAUUGUAAUGAGGGACCAGAACCGGUUCCACCAUUUCGACACUGGUUCAUGUUCAUGUGGAGAUUUUUGGUAAACUCAUUCCCAAAAUUAUUUUACUCGAGGAAAAUCACCCAUGCCAAAGUUGUUGCCGUUCCAGUUAAACUGAGGGUUCUUAGAUUACGAUAUUAAAUAUAACACUGAAUUUCAAUUGUAUAUUUGAAAACGUUGAACCUACUUGGCUUUCCUAGAAGGUUUUUGCAUUUGAGAAUCAACGGAGCAUAUUCCCAGAAAGUUUUUGCAUUUGAGAAUCGACGGAUCAAUUGAUAAGAGAAUGUUAGUGAACGUCACAAAAAAUGAGACCGUGUUGAUGUGCCUGUACCCAGAAAUAUUGCGAACAAGUUUCGGGUCUCAUUCUAAUUCA